GCGGAGUAGAGCGCAGUGGGCGGCUGACAGGCGCUGCUUUCCAGGUCUCGGCGGCUGCACCCCGGCGAGGCGGGCGGCCCCCAGCUCGCAUCCCCGCGUCCUGGCCAGUGAGGCUCCAGGGCUGCGCCGGGGCAUGGAAGAGGGGAAGAUGGAUGAGAAUGAAUGGAGGUAUCACGGCGAAGGCAACAAGAGCCUGGUGGUGGCUCACGCGCAGCGCUGUGUGGUGCUGCGUUUUCUGAAGUUUCCUCCAAAUAGGAAGAAGACCUCUGAAGAGAUAUUUCAGCACCUGCAAAACAUUGUGGACUUUGGCAAAAAUGUCAUGAAGGAGUUCUUGGGGGAACACUGUGUUCACUGUGGGGAAGUAGUUCAGCUGCCUUUAGAGUUUGUGAAACAGCUGUGUUUGAAGAUACAGUCUGAAAGACCAGAGUCUCGUUGUGACAAGGAUCUGGAUACACUCAGUGGUUAUGCUAUGUGCCUUCCCAACUUAACCAGACUUCAGACCUACCGCUUUGCAGAGCACCGGCCAAUUCUGUGUGUUGAGAUUAAGCCAAAAUGUGGUUUUAUUCCUUUCUCCAGUAAUGUUACCCAUGAGAUGAAGCAUAAAGUGUGUCGCUACUGCAUGCACCAGCACCUCAAGGUAGCAACUGGGAAAUGGAAGCAGAUAAGUAAAUACUGUCCCCUUGAUCUCUACUCAGGAAACAAACAGCGCAUGCACUUUGCCUUGAAGAGUCUGCUACAGGAGGCACAGAACAACUUGAGGAUAUUUAAGAACGGUGAGCUGAUUUACGGUUGUAGUGAUGCCCGGAGCCCUGUGGCUGACUGGAGGGAACUUGCACACCACUUGAAGCCCUUCUUCUUCCCCUCCAAUGGCCUGACCAGCGGGCCCCACUGCACAAGGGCCGUGAUCCGGGAGCUGGUGCAUGUCAUCACAAGGGUGCUGCUGAGUGGCUCGGACAAGUCCCGAGUGGGUGCCCUGAGAUCUGGGCUCCAGGGCCCACGAGUCUGUGAAGCCAGCCCUUUCAGCAGGAGCCUGUGCCGUCAAGGAAAAAACGCCCCAGAGCGCUCGGGGUUACCGAAGGGCUGUCUUCUGUACAAAACCCUCCAGGUGCAGAUGUUGGACCAGCUGGACAUCGAAGGACUCUACCCUCUGUACAACCGGGUUGAGCAGUACCUGGAGGAGUUUCCUGAGCAGAGAAAAUCAUUACAAAUAGAUGGGCCUUAUGACAAAGCAUUUUACCAGAAGCUGCUUGAUCUGUCCACUGAGGAUGACGGGUCCGUGGCCUUCGCAUUAACAAAGGUGCAGCAGUACCGAGUUGCCAUGACUGCCAAGGACUGCUCUAUCAUGAUCGCGCUCUCCCCCUGUCUGCAGGAUACAAGCUCUGAUCAGAGGCCCGUCGUCGCCUCAUCGCGGUCCCGGCUGGCCUUCUCUGUGUCUGUGCUGGACCUCGACCUCAAGCCCUAUGAGAGCAUUCCUCACCAGUAUAAACUGGACAGCAAGAUAGUCAGCUAUUACACAAAGACUGUGCAUGCCAAAGACGAUGCUGUGGUGUCGACCAGGUUCAAGGAAAGUGAAGACUGCACAUUAGUUCUACAUAAGGUCUAACUUUUUUCCUGCAGUGUCUCUGAACUGGAAUGUGAAGGUUGAAAGAUAAGAGCUAUUUUCUAUCGUGGUGGGUGACUUUUGGCUGUGAAUACUUUUGUUUUUAACUCUUGUUGGAGACACAGAAUUGGAGAGCACUAGAAACAUCUUCCAGGACAAGGAAUGUAGGACACGGUGCUGUGUCCCAAGAAGCCUCCUGCAUUCUGAAGAUGGAAGUGUCCGUUAAGCCCUGGGAAGACAUCCUGGGUAGUUGUUCUUCCUUCCUGCCAGGGCUCAGGUCGAAUUCUCAUGCGAAAAGCCUUAUUGUAAGCCCCAAGGUUUGGAUCUCCUACUACCAGACUCCUGAUGUAGAAAACUUGAAUUGUCACGAGCAUCUGAUAGUUUGGACUUCUGAGAAAACAUGGAAACUACUGGAACUUGCCAGGCUGUUACUGGUCACUUUUUCAAUGCAAGCCACACAUCAACACAGGCUUUAGGUGAUUCCCUGCUGUCAGAAUGAUCAGAGAUUAGUGAGGAUAUCAGUUCUGAGUAGUCUAGACUCAGGGUCCCUGUGGAGGUACCGAAGCCCUCAGCUCUGAGAAGGGUCAGCAGGGAGCCGGGUUGGGAUUGACACGACUCACAUGAGCAUUGCUUUUGUUUUGGCUUCAGGAUUUUAUCUUCACUGUAGGGGAGAAAAGGUGUCUUCCCUGCCUGAAAUUGCUGCUGUGGAAGCUGGAAGCAUAGCUGUAACUUGCUGCUGUGGCUCUGGGGUGGGUGUGGUGGGCCUGCCUGAUAGCCCAGAGUUUUCCUGGCACUCUAGGGUCUUGGGUGGUUGAGGAAUUGAGGUUUCCUUUCCUCCCAGGCCACAUUGUUCUCUCGGUUUGCCUGGAGGCAUGUGGAGUGUGUGGCCCAGGGCCUUGCUGUUUCCAGCAGGCCACUGAAGGCUCCUAGCUGGCGCCACU